GAUUCACCCCGCGGCGGGGCCUAUGUUAAGAAAGGGUUACCACAUGAUGCGUAGAUUCUCUAAUAACAGCCUUGGUUUGUUUCCCUUUACAGGAAAGAUCUUCUACUAAAAUCUCACGCCCGUGACCUCUGGCUUUCCCCGUCCUGCGAAAGAAGUCUGGGCUGUUCUGUCUGAAGAAUAUACUUAAUUCUGUGACCUUCUCUAAGUAGUUUUCCUCUUUACUUGGUGGUGGUGGUGGCACGUCUGGUGGAAGUACCGGCGAUGGCUCUGGGGGUGUAUCGUCAGGUGCUGCAGAGGCAUUGCGUGCGAAGAGGAAUCUGCAGCAAGGUAGCGGGAGCUCGGAUGAUAAAACUGUCACAGGGCAUACACAGCCAAUCAUGCUAGAACCCACAACAACAAGAGAAUUUCAGAACUUGCAUCAUUACCAUG